AGGGGUAAUUACGUAAACCGACUUAUAAAUAGGGCACUAAGAGAAGCCCUAGCUCACUCUCUCUAUAAAUAGUCCUCAAUAAGCUACCGAAACCCUAAUUCUCACAAUUUUCACUUUUUAUCUUUGCUGUGCGGCAACAAAUCUCAUUUUUCUUCUCAAGUCUUUUAGUUGAUCAACAUGGGUAAAGAGAAGGUUCACAUCAACAUUGUGGUUAUUGGCCAUGUCGACUCUGGAAAAUCGACAACCACUGGUCACUUGAUCUACAAGCUAGGUGGUAUUGACAAGCGUGUUAUUGAGAGGUUUGAGAAGGAAGCUGCUGAGAUGAACAAGAGGUCAUUCAAGUAUGCCUGGGUGCUUGACAAGCUCAAGGCCGAGCGUGAACGUGGUAUCACUAUUGAUAUUGCCUUGUGGAAGUUUGAGACCACCAAGUACUACUGCACUGUUAUUGAUGCUCCUGGACACAGGGACUUUAUCAAGAACAUGAUUACUGGUACCUCCCAGGCUGACUGUGCUGUCCUCAUUAUUGACUCCACAACUGGUGGUUUUGAAGCUGGUAUCUCAAAGGAUGGACAGACCCGUGAGCACGCAUUGCUUGCUUUCACCCUUGGUGUCAAGCAAAUGAUUUGCUGCUGUAACAAGAUGGAUGCUACCACCCCCAAGUACUCCAAGGCUAGGUAUGAUGAAAUCGUGAAGGAAGUUUCUUCCUACCUCAAGAAGGUUGGUUACAACCCUGAGAAGGUCCCCUUUGUCCCCAUUUCUGGUUUUGAAGGAGAUAAUAUGAUUGAGAGGUCUACCAACCUCGAUUGGUACAAGGGCCCAACCCUCCUUGAGGCUCUAGACCAGAUUAAUGAGCCCAAGAGGCCAUCAGACAAACCCCUCCGUCUUCCACUUCAGGACGUUUACAAGAUUGGUGGUAUUGGUACCGUACCUGUUGGUCGUGUUGAGACUGGUGUGAUCAAGCCUGGUAUGGUGGUAACGUUUGGCCCUACUGGUCUGACAACUGAAGUCAAGUCUGUAGAGAUGCACCAUGAAGCUCUCCAGGAGGCACUCCCUGGUGACAAUGUUGGGUUCAACGUUAAGAAUGUUGCUGUCAAGGAUCUCAAGCGUGGUUAUGUUGCCUCAAACUCCAAGGAUGACCCAGCCAAGGGGGCAGCCAGCUUCACCUCCCAAGUCAUCAUUAUGAACCAUCCUGGACAGAUUGGAAAUGGAUAUGCACCGGUGCUCGACUGUCACACUUCCCACAUUGCCGUCAAGUUCUCUGAGAUCUUGACCAAGAUUGACAGGCGUUCUGGUAAGGAACUUGAGAAGGAGCCCAAGUUCUUGAAGAAUGGUGAUGCUGGUAUGGUUAAGAUGGUUCCUACCAAGCCCAUGGUUGUUGAGACCUUUGCUGAGUACCCACCAUUGGGUCGUUUUGCUGUGAGGGACAUGCGUCAAACUGUUGCUGUUGGUGUUAUCAAGAGUGUUGACAAGAAGGACCCGACUGGUGCCAAGGUCACCAAGGCUGCUCUGAAGAAGAAAUGAACUAUGCAGUUCAAUUCUGGAGUUACCCGAGAUAUCUGCUAUUGCUAUAAUAAAGCGUGUUAUGGUGUUCUUGUUUUUGUUAAUCGUGCUGUUUUUGUUCGGUCUUUAAUGUGGUUGUUAGGUUCUCGUUUUCUCCCUUGUAUGUCAGGUAUCCUUUCUGAGAAUUGGGUGCUGGACAGGCGGUGGCGAGAAAGAUGAGGUUUUGUGUUUUGGAUUUUCUUUUGAGGUGCCUUGUUUUUAUACAAGGCGGCAGGAGUUUUGUUAUUUGUGUUGCUUUAAAUACUUAAAUUCGAACUUUUAUAUUUUUGUGGUGAA